AUGACUGAACUCAUUCCAUACAUAAUUUGGGAAAAGCAAGAGGGUUAUUUAUGUGCCCAACACUGCAUAAAUUCUCUUCUGCAAGGAGAAUAUUUCACGGCUGUAGAACUCGGUGAAAUUGCUAGUAAUUUGGACAAGGCUGAACAAGCCGCGCUACGAGAGGGAACCACUGAAUCAACAGAGAAUUUACAACACGAUGAGACUCCGCAAAAAAGUCAAAACAUGGAUGAUUCUGUAUGCCGCGACACCAAGGAUCAACCAGAAGAUGAACCUGCAUAUAUAUGUAAUCUUGCCGAGCAUUGGUUUACCCUCCGCAAAUUCGGUGGUCAUUCAUCUCGUUGGUACAAUUUGGAUUCACUGUUAAAUGGGCCCAAGUAUAUCAGCCCGACCUAUCUAGGAAUGUUACUUAAACAGCUUGAAAAUGAAG